AUGAGUAGUAGUAUCAAGACUAGUCCAUCUAAGAAACAACAACCAGAUAUUAAAACAGAAGUUAAAAAAGAACAAGAUGAUUUAGAUGAUCCUUCAAUUUUAUCUGAUCCUGAAGAUUAUUUAGAAGAAAAUGAAUGUUUAGAUAUGAAUUUACAACGAGGUGAUCAAAAAGUUUGGUUAUUAAAAUUACCAAAAUAUCUUAUGGAUAAGUGGAAAACUCCAAUUGAAGGUAAACAACUAGGAAAUAUUAAAAUUAGAAAAGAUGAGCGUGGAAAACUAGAAGUUAAAUUAGUUUUAAAUGAAGAUAGAGAUUUAAGUAUCCCUAAAGAAUAUGAAAUUAAAAUGUUAAAUACUCAAGUUUCAAACUCGUAUGCAUUUACAGAGGAAAAUCUUAAAAAAUUUAAGCAAGAAAUUACGGAAAUGUCUGAAAUUCCAAAUCAACCAGAAUUAAAAGAUGAUGAUGAAGAUGAAAUAAUUGAUUCAAGAUCAAAUAAAUUCAUACCAAGAAAGAAAUUUAAAUACUUUAAAGUUUCAAAAGAUGAAGGAGGUGAUCAAGUUAAAAAAUAUAUUCCAUUUGUUAAAACAAUACCUAAAAAAACAGCUUUAGUUGGUAAAAUAUGUCAUGAUUGUUUGAUAGUCCCUAGUAAAUCAGAUAAAAAUUAUAACAAUAUAACGCUAAAACGACAAAAACAAUUGGCUGGUGCAGAUAGACCAAAAGUUACAUUACUCGAUGAAAUUCCUGGUGUUAUACAAUCAAAUGCAGGUCCUUCAAUUAAAGGAAGUGGUUCAUCAGUUUUUCUUACUAAACAGCCAAAGAAUAAAUCUGAAGGUAGGGCAAUUAGAAUGCCAAAGAAAGAUUUAUUAGAUUUAUUGUUUAGAUUAUUUGAAGAAUAUGAAUACUGGUCAAUGAAAGGGUUAAAAGAAAGAACAAGACAACCAGAAUCUUUCCUUAAAGAAUGUUUGGAUUCAAUAGCUAAUUUAAUUAAAAAGGGACCUUAUACUUCAAAAUAUAUUCUAAAACCUGAAUAUAGAAAAUUAAGAGAUGCUGAAAAAGCUGCUAGAUUAGGUUUAGUUACCAAUGAUGAUGAAAAUGAUGAAAAUAAAGAAAAUAAUAGUGAUGAUGAUGAUGAUGCAGAAAUGGAAGAUGUAAUUUAA